AUGGUUAAUGUGGAUCGCCUGUGGGGACACCCGGGUGAUGUUGUGUACAGCUGGAGUGAGAAGAAUGACAGUGCUACCGAUGGUGACAAUGAUAAUGAUAUUGAUUUUGAUACCGACAGUGAUAGUGACACUGUAGAGAAGAUGGCGGAGCAACAACAACAACUUCAAAGACGACAGCGAGUGUAUCGACAGCAACUGGACGUAUUCAACAAGUACAAUGACGACGAACUCAUCAAACGCUUCAGGAUGAAUCGUGCUGGUAUAAUAACAGUGGCUGAUUUAGUGAGGGACAAACUUCAAUCCCGUACAGAACGGAAUCAACCACUGAGUCCUGAGACAAAGGUGGCAAUUACCCUAAGAUAUUUGGCCACGGGUAAAAUGCAGCAGUGCAGCAGUGACGACUUUGGGACCUCACAAGCAACAAUCAGCCGUGUCAUUACUCAGACACUUGAUGCACUGUCAGAACCAGACAUUGUAACUCAAUUUGUAAAAUUCCCAUUGACUCGCCAAGAAGUGCAAGUGAAACAAGUAGAGUUCAUGGAAGACUAUAGGUUUCCCGGUGUUGUGGUACAUGAUGCCAGGAUAUUGGACGAGUCUGGCUUGAAGGCACUUUUUGAACAAAAUUAUGCCCCAGCUGGAUGCUACCUUCUAGGAGACAGUGGUUAUCCUUGCAAGGAGUGGUUGCUGACGCCUUAUCUAAACCCUCUAGCUGGUGUUCAAACAAACUAUAACACAGCACACAAGAGGACACGUUGUGUGGUAGAGAGGGGGAUUGGCCAGCUCAAGCGACAGUUCCAUGUACUUCAUGGUGAAGUACGAUUGUCCCCAGAGAAGACAUGCAAAAUUGUCUAUGUCUGUGCUCAGCUCCACAACAUGUGCAAGCAGUUUAACAUUCCAGUGCCUAUCAACGAGGAAGAUGAACUGUUCCACGAUGCAGCUGAAGGGGACGUAGGUGCAGAUGAAGAAGACGACCAGCUGGCCGUAACGGACAUCCAUUUCGAGAUUAUAUUGCCAAUCUUCAUUUCAGCAUGUUAG